AUGCAGGUCCUUAGACGAUGUGUAUCAGAAAGUGAGACAACAGUCCCAAGGCAUCAGAACAAAAGGAAAAGAACUCAAUCAGAACCUCUCAAAGAAACAGAGGUUACAAAUGGAUUCAACGCAGAUGGAGCAGAAAUUCCUAUUACGAACGAACUAUUAUACCUAGUAAUUAUCUUACUGUCAUGCCUAAAUAUGGAAGAAUUGAAACAAAUGAUAUGUGAUAUUUUACUUAAGAAACAAGAAAAGGUAGAAGAUUCUGAGAGCCAUAGUAGAGAUUCUAAUGCACAAAGCUGUAAUGGGCCUAAAGAUACCAUUUUCAGAAUUUGCAAAAUGUUCUUAUCUGGCAAGCUACAAUGUGUUGGUUGUGAGACAAGGAAUAAAAAUGACAUCGAUUUCUUUCUAAAUCAAAAUUUAGAAAAUGUUUUGAAAAAUACCACGGAAAGCGCUUUAUUAAAACAAUCAUUUUCAACAUUCUACAAAACAUUUCUCCGCUGUUUUGGUUCUUUGCAACCCACAUAUGUCAAAACAUUUCCUCUCAUAGAAUGUUCUCGGAAUUUAGAGGACUAUGUAAAGAAAGAACUGAGUGCCAAUCAAUCUAGAAGUACCGAAUUAACACAAGCGCAUAAUCUGCAUUCUAUGAACAUGGAGAUAAUACGUCUAGGUACUUUCAGUACUUUCCCACAACAGAGUUCUGUAUCUACUCUAAAACUUGCCAAGGAGGGUUUCUACUACACCGGGGAAGAUGAUAAGGUUGCCUGCUAUGCCUGUGGAAUUCAACAUAGUGGUUGGAGACAAGCCGAUGAUCCGAGAGACAUCCACCGCCAGAUGUCCCCAAAUUGUUCAUUUGUAAACUCUAGUCAAUCUGAAAAUAUUCCUAUCAGAGGGGCUGAAGAUAUUGCAAACUUAGCUCCAGCUAGUCAACCAUUAGAACAAAAUGUGAGUGAAAAUUCUACUCAGAGGAAUGGGCGGCCAGAAGAAAUGGCUUUGCAAAAUUCAACACUUUUAAAUUCAAACAAUUCUAGAAAUAGAAACAAUUCAGCAUGUUUAACACAUACGGUAAAUACCUCUUCAUGCAGUAACCAAUUUAAUGAGAACCAGAUUAACAAUUCAGAGAGACAAGUUGCAGGAGGAUCACCUAAAAGUUCAAGAGAAAUACAGGAAAAAAUCAAUGCUUUUCUGGGCAGCUUAGAUCCUCUUGGAAUUAAUUUUGAUCGUCCAAAGUACCCAUCAUAUGCAGUAGUGGCAACGAGAGUGAGCUCCUUUAAGGACUGGCCGUCAUGUAUGACGCAAAAACCACGAGAUCUUGCAUUGGCGGGAUUUCUGUAUGCGGGAUAUGGAGAUUACACCCGCUGUUUCUUUUGCGGCGGUGGAUUACGAAACUGGGAACCGGAAGAUGACCCUUGGAUAGAACACGCCCGAUGGUUCCCGAAGUGUGCUUUUUUGAGACAGAACAAGGGUGACGAGUUCGUUGCAUUGGUUCAAAUAGAACAUGAAGAACAGGAGAAAUUAGAAGAAAUGGAAACAACAGGAAAUGCACCAUCUUUCCAGAGCAACAAUCCUACAAUAGCAUCAUCUCUUUCAAAUUCAGGACAUACAAAUGUUUCCAAUAUUUAUGAUUUGGCAUCCGUACAGAGUGUUUUAGACAUGGGUUAUUCUCAACAAGUGGUGAAAGAAGCAUUUGAUGUCUUGAAUUUUUCAAAACAUAAAGACGACAUCACGGGGGAAGAUUUGAUGAAUAUCAUUCUCUCCAAUGAAGAAAGCAGUACAGGACUGGAUACCUCUCCUUUAACUCAAAAUACAAAACCAGAUACAAGAGAAACUUCUGAAAGCGUCCCCUCUGUAAGUCAGAAUGUAAUAGAGAGUGGGUCUCCAAAGCCUGGUUCCAAUUUAGGAUCUUCUGAAAAUGUAUCCGAAGUAUAUAAACGAUUAUUGAACAGCAAAUCUGAUCAAGAAGAACAUUCAUUUUCAGACACGAAGUCAUUGAUUGAGGAAAACAGGAAAUUAAAGGAUCUCCGACUUUGUAAAAUCUGUCUUGAGAACGACGCAUCUAUCGCCAUGUUACCUUGUGGUCAUCUCUGCUGUUGUCCAGACUGUGCUCCGGCCAUGAGGAAGUGUCCAAUAUGUCGCCAGUUUGUGAAAGGGACAGUGAGAACAUGGCUCGUGUAAAGGAUUCCAAAAAGGCUCUUGCUCGUCAUA